AUGGCCGCCUACGCGGCAGUUGCCACUGCGAUGCGGCGCCCGCCGGCCUACCGUUUGCCGCACGGCGCCGCCGGCCGCAGCACGAGGAUGCAGCUGCUGCCACUGGACCUGCAGGAUGACGACGCGGCGGCGGCGUCGUCACCGUCGCUGGCGCAGCGUGGCAGCCAGCUUGCGCUGCCGAUCGACCGGCUCUCGCCUCUGCACCUGGACGGUGCGGUUGCCAGCCCGAGGGCUCGAGGGGGCGAGGUCCUCGAGCGCCUCAGCCAGCUGUCGCAGCAGGUGGAGCGGCUGCAACGCCUGCCACGGCAGCUGGAGGAUGUGAUUUGCGGCCAGGAGCGCUUGGAGAGGGCUCUGGGUGUGCUGCAGCAGCAACUCAGGACUCAGAGCAUUUCCUCCACCGCUGCAGUGGUGGCCUCGCCCCGGGAGCUCAGCGACAAUGAGCGCGAGAGCUUUGGCGAGCUGCGCCACAAGCCUGACGACGAGAGAGGCUUCGCAUCCCAUGCUACCUGGGAGGUGAAUGAUGAAAACCCCCAAACCAUGCGCAGGGCGAGUAGCCAAAUGAGCUCGCACGCCACAGCGCAGGGGACGAGUAGCAAUUUGUGCUCGUCGGCGCCUCCGCUAGUGCCGAGGCUCCCGAGGGAGAACGUCGGCUCGCCGGCCACUCCGUUGAAUUCGGCGCAGGGCCUGGCCAAGCGCCCGCCUGGAGCGGGUGCGGAAACGCCCACGGAGGCGUGCUCUCCAGCUGCCCACGUCGCUUUCUCAUCGCACUCGAUCUCUGACGCCGCGUGGAGCCGCCAGGCGGCCAGCGGCCGCGAGGCGCCGGUCGGGCGCAAGAAGAGCUGCCUGAGAGAGACGCCGGGGAGCGCCAGCCCAGAGGGGUCGCCCUGCACGGAGGCGGGCGGGGCCCUCGGCCUGAGCCCAGCGGCGUCGUCGAAUCAGGCGCGCUCCGCGUGGCCGUCCCCAGCGUCCCACAGCAUCGUGCUGAGGCAGCGCAGGGAGCUCCAGGACAGGGACACGCUGAGCCGCGUGAAUGUUCGGAGGGCGUCGACGAAGACGGCCAGCUACACGUUCUUGCCUCGCUCGGGGCUGCGCCCGAUGCACCCUGACCAUAGGCCGCGCCUGGUGCUGGAUCUGGUGUUCUGCGUCAUGACGCUGUACGACUGCUGGGCGGUGCCCUACCAGAUGGUCUGGCAGGUCGAGUACACUGGGGUCUUGGCCGUCUGGACGUUCCUCACGGUGGUCUGGUGGACCGUCGACCUGGUCCUCGGCUUCUUCACCGGCUAUUACCGCAAGGACAGGGUCGAGAUGGGUCUGUGGCAGAUCGCACGGCAUUAUCUGAAGCGCAUAUUCUUCUUCAACGUCAUCGCGGUAGUGGCCGAUUACAUCGUCAUUGCGGCGGCGGCCCGCCGCCAGUUCUCCAACGAUACGGGGUUCAGCUACCAGCUGGAGAAGGUGGCCAGUUUUUGCAAGAUCAGCCGCCUCAUUCGGAUGUGCUUGAUGGUGCGUAGCGGGAGGGUGGGUAAUUUAUACGGUCGCAUUGUGAACGAGACGCGGCAGCGCGGGGUCGGUCGCCAGUUUUCGACAGCAGCCACGGUCAUCCAGAUGAUCCUGUUGAUGUUUUGGAUCACGCACCUCGGUGCGUGCUUCUGGCGCUUGGUUGGGGAAGAUGCAAUUGACAAGUGGUACGCUGAUGCGGAGAAGGAGGAUGCGAGCGGGACGUUCGACUACGCGCUCAGCUUGUAUUGGUCAGUCAGCGUGAUUGUCGCUGGCGGGAGUAUAAUGGAUGUGACAGAGACUUCUGAGGUGGUUUGCACUUGUGUGUUCAUCCUGUUCGGGCUCCUCUUCGUCAGUAUUCUCAUUUCCUCCAUUACUGCGACCGUGAUGGACUUCCACAUGUCCAACAAGGAGCGCGCGGACAAGAUCAGGACACUCCAGCAGUACCUUCACCAGCACGAAGUGGAGGCUCCCGUGGCCAUUCCCGUCGAGAAGCAGAUUUUGGAACGGAUGGCGCACGUGAGCCGUGUUAGCGAGGCGGACGUCACGGUCCUGUCCUACCUGUCUCCUGCGCUGAGGGCGGAGCUCUGGCGGAUAGCGUCUACGGUCCUGGCCUCUCCCGCAACGCGUUCAUCCGCGCCGUGA